AUAAACAAAUUGCAUUUAGGCAAAAAAGGAAAAAAAAAAAUUAUUCAUUUAUUGUAAAUAUGCGUGUUCAGAGCUCUGACUUCGCUUCGGUAGUUUUCCCCAAUUCGAAGUCAUUUAACUCUGUUCCCAAAAUACGAAACUACAGCUUUCAAAGACCAAACAUCUAAUUCUCGUACUUUCUUUCUCUCUUAAAUUAAUAGAUCUCUUCCACUAAAGCUACCAAGCCCUUCUCUUCUUUCCUUCGAAACUCUUUCUGAAGCAGAGCAACCAAACAUGGCGUUGAACGCUCUUGGAGGUUUGGGUUUAGCCAAGCCCAUCACCACCAUGAUUACGACGAUGAUGCAGAAGAAACCUGCGGUUCUAUACCACUAUCCAUGCCCAGACGGAGCUUUUGCAGCUUUAGCAGCUCAUCUUUUCUUCUCUGCUGCUUGUCUUCUGGUUAUGUUCUUCCCCAACACCAUCUACAACCCCAUCGCUUCCAAUAAGCUGCCUCUCGCCGAAAUCAGUGAUAUUUACCUUCUAGACUUCGUGGAUCCAUCUGGGUUUGUUCAGGAAAUCUCUUCCAAUGUCAGCAGAGUGGUGGUUUCAGAUCACCACAGGACCGCAGUGGAGGGUCUUUGCGGUGAGAGUUCUUGUUCAGUUGGUGAGAAUGUGGAGAAGGUUAUUGAUAUCCAGAGGAGUGGAGCUACUAUUGCUUUUUAUUAUUUCGAGGAAAGAGCUGGUAGUGGUCUAACCGAUUUGAAUGUUGGUUCGAUGCGGGUUUGAACUUUGAAUCCAUCUUUGUUCAAGCAGGCUUUUGCAGUUGCUUUUUUUGAAUUUUGGGGAUGUACUUAGUCAAGGGUUGACCAGCUGAUCCUAAAAGCAGGAAAUGAUUCUGUCGGUCAAUCAUAUGACCAGCUGAUCCUAAAAGCAGGAAAUGAUUCUGUCGGUCAAUCAUAUGAGAUUGCUUUUGUGGGUGGAGCAUUUGGAGAUUGCCUGGUAUAGUCAAUGUAUCCUUCUCUCUCUCUCCAAACAUGGGUCAUUGUAGCAUUUUUAUAUAUGUUCUUGUACUUAUUUGCUUCAGCGUGUAGAGGUGUUGUGUUAGGUACAAGUGAAUUGAUGACUGAAUUCUUAGUGUACAGUCAUGUCAAGUUUAUACAUUUGUUUAUGUUGGACGUGUC